AUGGCUACUGCGCAAAUGCCGGGUCCAAGGUCCGCGAGGCUGGCUGAUGAUGCCGCCACAGCUGCUCUCUAUGCGACACAUCCUCGACGCAAGGCAUCCCUAACCGUUCCCACCCCAGAAACCCAGUUUCUAAAUCCACAAACCACCACCGGAGCCGCAAACCUAAGCGCAGCAUCCGCCGGCGCAGCCCUCGCCCACGCAAACCAAAAACCAAUCGAAGUAUGGUCACCCCCGAGUCGCUUCACGGACGCGGAAAAAGCCGCCUGGUCCGUGAGGGAUUUCCGUCAGCCUGAGUUCCCUCAACCGAGCACUGGAUACAGCGCAGCAGGACUAGGCGCUGCGAUCAUCGCGGUGCGCGAGCAGCGCGCUUCAUCAUCAAACCUCUCCCCAACUCGGGAAGCCUAUACGAGUAAACCCGACAUUUCCACCACCGACCAUACUAGCGCUGCUGUGGGCGGUCCUAGUGCUCAGGAUAAGGCGCUCCUUGCGGCGACUGGAGCCUAUGCAAACCGGAAACGAGCGGACUCGGCACCAAGUGAACCGGUCUUGCCGGCUGAUAGUACUACUCCUUAUGCACUUCGCGCUGCGGGCGCAUCACAACGCGCCAGGGCCGAAGAGGAGGGACCUCUUGAUCAUAUCGAUCCCGCUAUGGAGGCGAGUCGAAUCCAGCACGCGCAUGCAAAUGCUCGGAUGUAUACUUCGUCCCCACCCGUCGCGAGCGAAGUCGAGGCGCGCAAUCGUCGCAACUCAUUACACGCCGCGGCUCUAGUCAUGGCGAAGAAUAUGUACGAUGCCUCAGGUCCAAAGGGUGACACAGCAACCGUGGACCCAGCAAUCUACGCCGCGCAAGAAGGUCAAAACCGCCUCCAAUAUCGCAAAACCGUCAGUGGAGCCAUGGGGACAACAGCUCACAACGCCCUGGCUCUACAGGAUGCGGCUCAGAAGCGUGCGGCGGAGAAAAUUGCCCGUAUGAGAGAUGAUCAUGUGGAAAUGCAACAGUAUUACGGCACUGCGCAUCAGCCUCAGCGAUCGCGUCUGACGACGCGUCGAAAGAGGACGUCUAGUGAUGCUGAUUCGUCCCAGGUCGACGCGGAGCAGUCGAGGCAUAUCCGUAAUCAGAUGACAAGUCUGCGGUCGAAGGUUGAUCGUGUUGAUGUGCAGAGGCAGAGAGAUCGUGAUCUGCUUAUGGAAGCUGCUCGGCGGAAUGUCGAUGCGACUAUUCAGGAUAUGGAGAUGAAGUUGUAUAGUAAUACUGGUCGUGCUCCGCCGUCUGUUCAGAAGCAGUGGGAGGAUGCGGCUCGGGAACGAGCUCGUCAGGAGGCUGAAGUCACUGAGGCGAGUCGUGCCCCGGAGGGCCGAGUGAAUAUUGGCGGUCAACACUUUAUGGAUAUGUCUGAAGUUGAAGCUGUUGCUCGAUCCCGUGUUCAGCCGGCUUUGGAUGAGAUCACUGAGCAGGCUGAGCAGCGUCGAGCGGAGGAGCUUGAGGCUCGUCUUGAUGCUGAGGAGAAUCAGAGACAGGCUGCGAUUGAGAAGGAGCGUGAGGCUUCUUUGCGUGCUCUUGGGGGUGAAAAGGAAGAGAAGACACGUUCUGAAAAGCGCCAGCUCAAGGGCUUGAGCUUCUUGUUGUUCAGAAAGAAGAGUAAGCGGACUCGUGGUGAACAGCCCGAAGAACAGGCCGAGGAGGCUGUCCAGCAACCGAUCUCUACAGCUGAAGCACCAGCUGUCGAGGAGGCGCCGGCUGUCACAGAAGCACCGGCUGUCGCAGAGGCACCAGCUGCUGAGGAAGCACCGGCUGUUAAGGAAGCCCCGGCUGUCGCAGCGGCCGCUGAGCCAGCUACGAUUCAGCCAACUGCUCAUGAAGAACCCGAAGCCAUCGUCGAAGAUCGAUCUGAAGAUAUGACCAUGCCGCCGCAUCCAAAAUAUCCACCGCCGAAGAGCAUGGCCCCUCAACCUCCGACUAUGCGACCUAUCACAAGUCCCCGGGCCGAUUCAAAACUAAAGAACUGGUUCAGAGACAGACUGGUCCGUCAAAGCAGCGGCCCGAUACCCGUUUACCCGCACCAGCCAGGACCCGACUUCAAAAGCGGCAGCGAGAUUGGGUUUACAGGGGGUGCAGCACUGACCGGCCAAGGCCGGGGUGAAUCUCGUGGGGCGGCUUUAAGCUCUCAUCCUAUUAAUCCUGGGAAUGGGGAUGAAUUGGAUCAAAGCCCGCCUAGUCAUAACGGAGGCACAUUUCUUGAAAUGACAAAAUCGACUACCGGUGGUACGGGUGGUGAGUCGAUUUCCAGCUCUGCUCAGCAAAAUGACAAUGGCAAUGCCAAUGCCAAUGCCAAUGCCAACGACAACGCCAACGCCAAUGCCAACGGUACCGGAGCUGGUACUGGAAAGAGACAACGUCUUCGCAAAAGUUUCAUGAAGUUGUCCCGUAACUCGGCAGACUCGAAGACGAAUGGCUACGCCAAUGGCGGCAGCCACUCCCGCCAAGACUCCUCUUUGUCCGAGACAAAGGUUUCUGGCACUGGGGAGGGUCUUCAGAGUCUACGGAACAGCGCUACUGAGCAGGGUCUUCCUGCCCCGCCUAUUCUGGGACAAACGGCCAGUACGGGUCGGGAGUCUAGGUUCUCUGAAGAUCUGUGA